UCGGUGGCGGGUCGGUUACACCGCGGCGGUUCUGCCCGCGUUGGAUCCGCCGGUCCGGCCCCCCCCCCCCGGCUCCCUCAGACCCCCGGGAGGGGGGGAAGCCGUGUUUUUGUCCGCGCACCGGGGUGGCCGCGUGGUGAGGGUCCCACACGCGCCCCGCCCCGACCGCCCCCGCUCCUCCUUCAGCGGCAGCAGCGCCCCGGGGUCGGGGAUCCCCCCGCGCCCUUCUCCCGAUCUUUGAACCCCAACUGAGUCGUUGCCAACUUGGUUCAAGAUGCCACCGCCCGUCGGAGGCCCCGUGGGAUACACUCCUCCUGAAGGAGGAUGGGGAUGGGCCGUGGUCGUCGGAGCCUUCAUCUCCAUUGGAUUUUCCUAUGCCUUCCCCAAAUCCAUCACCGUGUUCUUCAAAGAGAUUGAGGUCAUCUUCAAUGCGUCCAGCAGCAAAGUCUCCUGGAUCUCGUCCAUCAUGCUGGCUGUUAUGUAUGCAGGAGGUCCCAUCAGCAGCAUCCUGGUGAACAAGUACGGCAGCAGGCCCAUCAUGAUCGCGGGCGGGUGCCUGUCGGGCUGCGGGCUGAUCGCAGCCUCCUUCUGCAACACGGUGGAGGAGCUCUACUUCUGUGUUGGGGUCAUAGGGGGCCUUGGACUCGCCUUCAACUUGAACCCAGCCUUAACCAUGAUCGGCAAGUACUUCUUCAAGAAGCGUCCGCUGGCCAACGGGCUGGCGAUGGCAGGAAGCCCUGUCUUCCUCUCCACCCUGGCGCCUGUCAACCAGAUGUUCUUUGGCAUAUUUGGCUGGCGUGGCAGCUUCCUCAUCCUCGGUGGCCUCCUGCUGAACUGCUGCGUGGCCGGAUCCCUGAUGCGGCCCAUAGGUCCCAAGCCGGAUCAGAAUAAGGAGGCGCAGCAGGAGGCUGGGAAGGCAGGGAAAAAGGAUGAUGGUGACACCAGCACAGACCUCAUCGAUGGCAAGGGCAAGAAAGAGAAGAGCUCGUUCUUCCAGACAAUCAACAAGUUCUUGGACCUGUCUCUGUUCACGCACAGGGGCUUCCUGCUCUAUCUGUCAGGCAAUGUGAUCAUGUUCUUUGGGCUGUUCGCUCCCUUGGUCUUCCUCAGCAAUUAUGCAAAGAGCAAGAAGAUCCCUAGUGAGUCUGCAGCCUUCCUGCUCUCCAUCCUGGCCUUCGUGGACAUGGUGGCCAGACCUUCCAUGGGACUGGUGGCAAACACCAAGUGGAUCAGACCUCGCGUCCAGUAUUUCUUUGCCAUCUCUGUGAUUUACAACGGGGUUUGCCACCUCUUGGUCCCCAUGUCCACCACCUAUGCUGGCUUCUGCAUUUAUGCUGGAUUCUUUGGCUUUGCCUUUGGCUGGCUGAGCUCGAUCCUGUUUGAGACCCUGAUGGACCUGGUGGGAGCUCAGCGGUUCUCCAGCGCCGUCGGCCUGGUGACCAUCGUGGAGUGCUGCCCUGUGCUCCUGGGACCCCCUGUGCUAGGGAGGCUCAAUGACAUGUAUGGUGACUACAAGUACACGUACUGGGCCUGCGGGGUCGUCCUCAUCAUUGCUGGGAUCUACCUCUUCAUCGGGAUGGGCAUCAACUACCGCCUGGUGGCAAAGGAGCAGAAGGCGGAGAAGGCGAAGAAGGAAGGGAAGGAGGAGGAGACCAACGUGGACGAGCCCGAGAAGCCGAAAGAGGCGAACAACGAUGUGGCCCCCUCUCCUCAGAAGAGCUCUGAGGAUGUUGUCAAAGAGGAGGAGAGCCGCAUGUGAGGGACCGGUCUCAAUCCCGGAGUGUCGGGAAAGCGCUGCUGCCCUGGCGGGGCGGCCGGGGCACAGCUCUGCUGGCGCUGGGCGGCCGUGAGAAGUGUUUAAACCAGGUGUUCAUUUUUAAACAGGCUCUGAAUUGUCUUUCCAUCUGUGUUCAACAAAGGUAACAGGCCUACACAUGCAGUAUCCUCGUGUGUCGGGGGCAGGGGGGGUUUAUAGUCUUGGCUUUUUAACAGUAACAUGAAUGUACUAAUAUGUGCCUUACAGUCUCCAUAUCUAGUCAAAUCUGGAUGAGCCUUAACUCUAAACUGUGCUUUAGCUCUGUAUUCUGCUUGGGGUUGGGGAGGGUGGGGGGGGGUGUAUGUGUGUGUUUUGGGGAGUUUUGUUGUUAAAAAGCCAUAAAAAGCAGGAUACUGGAUUUGUUGGAGCACGAUGAGCUUCAGGGCCAGCCCUGGAUGAAUACUGCUUCACACGCUUCUUACCGCAGGCCCUCUGCAGGGGGGAGAGCCGGGCACGGGGCAAGGUGCUCCUCGACCCUCGUGCCCGGUGCCUCCUGGCUCUGUAGGUGGUCUUUUAGGUAUGUUUUGAAAACACUUUUUAGCUACUGUAGUUCUUUAAAGUCCCUGUUUUUGUAGCUGUUCUCUCAUGGGAUAUUCAGGUUCAAGAAGGACGGCUGUGGUUCUUGCUGAGCAGCGUUACCCGCUCCGGGGCCGUGGCAGUCUGGGUGUGCCCCAGCCUUCCUUGGGCAGGGCUGGGGUCUCCCCUGCCUCCCCACUCUGCCCUGAUGGUGCCUCUUUUCAGCCCCAUGCUGGGUGAUGUGAAAUGGGGGGCUCAGUUUGGGGUGCUGGCAUUGAUCCUGCUGCAGGUCUGUGCUGCCCUGUCCCUCCACGGGGUGGGUUUCCACCAGAGCAUCCCACCCACAGGAGUGUUUUGGGUGCCUGACCCUGGGCAGAGUGGUGGGGCACGUGGAGAUGGUACAUCCCUGAGACUUUCUGCUUUUGCUCUUUUACCUGUUAGAGAAACCUCUUUUACUUGCUUCUGUUCAACUGAGAUCUUCAGGCGGUGGAUGCCGAACCUCUCACAUCUAGGACACGUAAGGGGGAGGAAAGAAUUUGUAUGUAUUUAUUUUUUAUUUUUUAGUGUUGGAAAAUAUCUCAAUGUACGUGGAGCAGGUUAAUGGCUCUCAAGUUCUAGUACAUGUUGAUCAGAAUUCAUGUUAAGAGGCUGAGUUUUUUCAAAUAAACUUGUUUUUUUUUU